AAUAGUUUAUAUAAAUAAAAAAUAUGCAGGCCUUUACAAGUAUAAGGAAUAUUAUAUUUAUAAUAAGUGGCGGUGUUUUAACGUUUGUGAUAUUAUUUAUUUUUGCAAAAAGACAAAUUACUAGAUUUGCCUUAAGAUCACGUAGGGGGCCUCAUAUACCAAUUGGUGCGGAUGCGAAAAAGAGUUUGAAGAAGGAGAUAGAGAGACGCAUAGAAGCAGUGCCUCGCAUAGUGACAGAGCCUCGUCUCCUGAGCGCUGAGCCCUCACAUUACAUCCUAGAGCCCCAGCAGCCAUACCACUACAGAUUCCGAGCUGUCGAUGAUGUUAAGACCUUAGAAGAAGAGAUAGCCCGUCAAGACCCGGGUCUGCGUCGUCGUCCGCGCGAGUCUCUACGCUCAUUCCUGCUGUCAUCACUGGCAGCUCCACUUGACGGUCGCGGCCAGAAGCUUGUGCACCAAUUCUGUGACACAUAUGAGUGUGCAAGACACCAUCCCGCAGAGUUUGGAGAUGAUGAGUACAGAGCGUAUUCAAGACUGCUGUUGAAAUUGUUGGACGCUGCCCGUUUGCUGAAGAGUGUGGGCGCGUGCCGGGGCGGAUCGCCGCGCGACAGCCCGCAACGUAGACCGGCGCGGCUGCUGCGACCUGCUGCGCUCUCUGCGCUCCCUGGAGCCAACAAGCUGCCUGCCGUGCUGCACAACCAAUACACCGCUCUAGAGAACAUGCCGGUGGAGUCAAAGAUGGAAGAUGAAAUAAUUAGAGUGCCAGUUCGGAGCCCCACAGAGCCCGCGGUGAAAGCGCCUGCUGACGAGACUGCCGUGUGAGCCAGGCGCGCCCGCCACGAUGCCAAGACUCUUUGACGUGGUGCGGCACAUACAGAAUAGAAGUAAAAGAGAUCUCAAAGAAAGAAACAGAGUGAUAUAGUGAGGUUUAUAAAGUUAACUGUUGUGAGAAGUGAAAGAAAAAAAAAGAAGGACUGUAUUGACUUCCAAUGGGUUUGUUGUUAAAAAUGUGCUUUAAAAUAUUAUCUCAGCUUUUUCAGUGAUAAUGAGAGAGACAUUUGUUUGUGUGGGUAUUUAUUUAGUAGGAUUCAACGGUUAUAAAGU